ACAAUUCGAAUUCUACAUCGUAAAUAUCCAUUUAUGGACAACGUGAAAUAAUGAAGCCACCAUUACUCCCAUCAAUAUAUUUAUUUCGACGUGGAAGAUAAAUUGAAAUGGUUCAUUUUGUUGGGUCAUACAACCAUCAUUUAUCUAAACCAAAAAACAUAAAAUACCCUAAUGGAUUAUAUAAUAUUGAUAACAUAUUAAUAACAUUAUUAUGUAUAUAUAAAUAAAAUGUACAAAUUACAGGCCUCAAUGCCUGGAAACGAACCACAACAGACGCCUCCACAACUGAAACCAUCGCGGACGACACUUCAACCAUCAUUAAUUUAUUAUUUCAUAUUAUUUUAUUUAUUAAUACCGCUAACGAAUUCGUAUCUACUAAUUGUAAACGAAAAUCAACCAAAUGGCGACGUUAUAUUUAACGCUAGUGUAUAUAAAUUAGGCUCUGAACGCCAUUAUAAAAUUAACGCACAUAAAUCAGCGGCUUUCGUACAUCGAAUCUUAUUUGUAAAUCCACAAAAUGGACAAGUUAUACUUAAAGAACGCCUACAAUGUGAUGGAUUGUACUAUCCAAAUUUAUUUACUGUACAUAUUGAUUCGACAUCGAAUCGUCUACGAAGUAUCGAUUAUUAUAGCUUACCACUUCGAAUAUUUAUCGUUGGUGAAAAAUGUGCUACAACACCGGAAGAUACCGAAAUAUUUUUCACACAUAAUGAUGAAAUUUUAGAUUUUCGAGAAGAUAACACAUUCGCAAAUCAUCGAAAUCAGCGCGAUUUACAUCAACGGAUUGGUUAUGAGGAGGAAAUCGAGCUUGAUUUACUGCAUAAGGAGAAAUUUUCAAAUACGUUUCCACGGCGAAAUAAACGUGAUCUUAUUCAAUUAUCCGAACAUACGGAUAAUUCAAUACGAUUACGAAUUUCGGAGGCAAAACAAUGGAUAUCCGAAACAUAUGCAUCGUUUGCAAUCCCAACGACUGAUAAAUGGCAAAAGAUUUGCUUGAAAAAAUCACAAUUUAUUAAUUCAAUCGCGGCUUUUAUGCCGAAAACGAUUAGUGCUAAUUGUGAAGUUACGUAUUUGGAUAUAAAUGAUCCACGAUUUCGAAUCGAACAUUCUCAAGGGGACUUAGUAGCGAGUUACGAUUUGUGUAUUACCGAACCCCUGUGGAAGGUUAUAAUUUUAUUUAAUGCGCGGUGCCAUAAUACAAAAUUAAUUGAUUCGGAACAUCGAUUAAAAAUCGUGUAUCAUCAUCAGGAGUUUAACGAUACUGAUAUUGCGAGACGUGUUCGUCGAGAAUUACGAAAUCAAUCACCAUUUUUCGAGCAAGCACUUUAUGUGGCAAGUGUUUUGGAGGAAUGUGAUCCAGGUGUUGUUGUAACAACAGUCAAAGCACGUGAUCCAGAAAAUAGUCCUGUGAAAUAUUCCAUGACUAGUUUACUGGAUUCUCGAACACAAAAAAUGUUCGAUAUCGAUAGUAAAUUGGGAACAGUAACAACAAAAGUGAAAUUAGAUCGUGAAUUAAUCGACGUACAUUAUUUUCGAAUUAAAGCAGAAGAUGAUAGUUUUCCUCCAAGAUCAGGAACAACAACUUUACAGAUUAAUGUUCUGGAUGCGAAUGAUCAUAGUCCUGUUUUCGAGAUGACUGAAUAUGAGGCGAGUAUUCGAGAGGGAGUUAGUGUGGGUACAACGGUGAUUACAAUUAAAGCUUCGGAUCAAGAUAUUGGAAAAAAUGCUGAAAUUGAAUAUUCAAUUAUAAGUAUUUCGGGUGGUGGAUUAUCAACGCCGGAACAAGAUAUGCAAGCGUUUCGUAUCGAUGGUAAAACGGGGGUGAUUAGUACACGGACAGAAUUGGAUCGUGAAACUACUGAAGUUUAUACACUGAUUGUUCAAGCAUCAGAUAUGGCGAGUCCACAAUCUGCACGUCGAUCUUCGAGUGCUAGCGUUGUAAUCACAAUUUUGGAUUACAAUGACAACUAUCCACAAUUCACCGAACGGACUUACACAGUCAGCGUAAAUGAAGAUAUCAAUUGGACUGAUAAUCCUGUAGUCGCCCAUGUCAAAGCAACUGAUGCUGAUCAAGGAAAUAAUGCAGCAAUACGAUAUGGUAUUAUUGGUGGUAACACACAAUCACAAUUCUCUAUAGAUAGUUUAUCAGGAGAUAUAUCACUAGUGAAACCACUCGACUAUGAAACAUUACGAAGUUAUCGUUUAGUUAUUAGAGCACAAGAUGGUGGAAGUCCUUCACGAUCGAAUACCACACAAGUUUUAAUUAAUGUAAAAGAUGUAAACGAUAAUGCGCCACGAUUUUAUACAUCAUUGUUUCAAGAAUCAGUAUCGGAGUCUGUACCAAUUGGUUACAGUAUCGUUCGGGUUCAAGCAUACGAUGCAGAUGAAGGUUUAAAUGCAGAUAUUAAAUAUAGUAUAUCAGCGCGAGAUGCAACGGGUGGAUCUAGUGAUCAAUUACCCGUAACAGUUGAUGCUCGUACUGGUUGGAUUUAUACGACAAAAGAACUCGACCGUGAAGUACAAUCGAAAUAUAUGUUUCAUGUUUUGGCAGUCGAUCAAGGUGAACCUCCACAAUCAGCUUCAGCUAGUGUUCUUUUAACAGUACAAGAUGUCAACGAUAACGAUCCAAAAUUUGAACAUGCAGAAUAUGAAGCAGUUGUUGCAGAAGACGAUCCUCCAGGGACUCCAGUCGCAUCUGUUGUAGCAAGUGAUCCGGAUGAGGAUCCUCGACUCCAUUACGAGAUAACUGGUGGCAAUACACGUGGCCGUUUUUCAAUAACAACACAAAAUGGUCGAGGUCUCAUUACAAUCGCUCAACCGUUGGAUUACAAGCAAGAACGACGAUAUGUUUUGACUGUAACAGCAACGGAUUCAGGAGGUCGUCAUGAUACUACAACUGUUCAUGUCAAUGUGUCAGAUGCAAAUAAUUUUGCUCCGGUUUUCGAAAAUGCACCAUAUACUACUUCAGUUUUUGAAGAUGCACCGGUUGGUACAACUGUUUUAGUCGUAUCCGCUUCCGAUAAUGAUGUUGGGAUUAACGCACAAAUUACGUAUUCGUUGGGCGAUGAAAAUGCCGAGAGUGGAGAAACAGCGUCGGAAUUUACGAUUAAUCCACAAACAGGUGCCAUAAUAACAACAAAAACAUUGGAUCGAGAAACCACUAACGGUUAUUUGCUAACGGUUACUGCACGCGAUGGAGGUAGUCCUUCUUUAUCGGAUACUACGGAUGUGGAAAUAUCUGUUAGUGAUGUUAACGAUAAUUAUCCUGUUUUUAAGCAAGCAAUCUAUACGGGAAAUAUUUUAGAAGAUGCAUUAGUUGGAACAUCUGUAGUUCAGGUGUCAGCGACAGAUGCUGAUAUUGGUUUAAAUGGUCGAAUUAAAUACACUCUAAGCUCCAAAGAUGUUGAAGACGGGUCCUUUGUAAUGGAUCCCGUGAGUGGAGUUAUUCGAACAAAUAAAGGAUUAGAUCGAGAAAGUGUAGCAUUAUAUCAAUUAGAAGCAAUUGCCACGGAUCGUGGAACACCUGCACUUAGUAGCACCGUACCAGUAAAUAUUCGAAUUGAGGAUGUUAACGAUAAUGCCCCUUCAUUUGAAUCGGAUAAAAUAGUUAUGUCAAUUCCCGAAAAUAGUCCAAUUGGAUCUACCGUCGGUGAAUUACAUGCGCAUGAUCCCGAUGAAGGUGUAAAUGCUAUUGUGCAGUAUUCAAUAAUUGGUGGAGAAGAUUCAAAUAGUUUCUCAUUGAUUACAAGACCUGGAUCAGAAAAAGCUGAGCUGAUCACAAUGACGGAACUUGACUUUGAGAGUCCUCGAAAACAAUACGAUUUAAUUAUUCGUGCAGCAAGUCCACCUUUACGAACUGAUGUCCAUGUACAAAUCUCCGUGUUGGAUGUGAACGAUAAUGCACCGGUUUUAAAAGAUUUUCAUGUUAUGUUCAAUAAUUUUAAGGAUUGUUUUCCAUCUGGACCGAUUGGAAAAGUACCUGCAACCGAUGCUGAUGUAACUGAUCAAUUAAAAUAUCGUGUUCUUAGCGGGAAUAACGCGAAGUUAAUUAAUCUAAAUCAGACAAGUGGAGAAAUUACAUUGUCGCCACAAUUAAAUACAAAUGUUCCAAAACUUGCAACCAUGGAAGUAUCGGUAACGGACGGAGUAAAUGAAGUUAAGGCACUGAUGCAACUUAGUGUACGUCUUGUUACUGAAGCGAUGUUACUUAAAUCGGUAACAGUACGCUUAAAUGAUAUGACUGAACAAGCAUUUUUAUCGCCGUUGCUGAAUUUUUUCAUCGAUGGAUUGGCCGCAAUUAUUCCAUGUCCGAAAGAAAACAUCUUUCUAUUUAAUAUUCAGGAUGACACGGACGUGAAUGCAAAAAUUUUGAAUGUGAGUUUUUCAGCUCGAAGACCUGACGUACCACAUGAAGAAUAUUAUUCGCCUCAGUUUUUACAAGAACGUGUGUAUCUUAAUCGAGCAAUACUUGCCAGAUUAUCCACAGUACAGGUUCUUCCAUUCGAUGAUAAUUUAUGUGUUCGUGAGCCAUGUUUAAAUUACGAAAAUUGCGUCACAGUUUUGAAAUUUGGAAAUGCUUCGGAUUUUAUACAUAGUGAUACAGUUCUAUUUCGACCAAUUUACCCAGUUACAACUUUCGCUUGUAAAUGUCCUUACGGCUUCACAGGUUCCAAAGAACAUUACCUAUGUGAUACGGAGGUGAAUCUUUGUUAUUCAAAUCCAUGUCAAAAUGGCGGUACUUGUUUACGACGCGAAGGUGGAUACUCUUGCAACUGUAAAAAUGGAUUCACUGGAAGUAAUUGUGAUAUUGAAAUCAAUCACAAUGUGUGCCAAUUACAUCCAGAAAUUUGUCGAGGUGGAAGUUCUUGUAUUCCACAAUUAGCUGGGGGAGGAAUUGGUUUUGAUUGUGCUGGAUGUGCAGAACAACAUUUUACACAAUUAUGUGAAUUGAGAGCCAGAAGUUUUCAACCCGGUUCAUUUUUAACGUUUCCAAGUUUAAAACAACGACAUCGAUUGCAUAUUAAAUUAAAAUUUGCUACAUUAGCCACAAAUGGAUUGUUACUUUAUAAUGGGCGAUAUAACGAGCAACACGAUUUUAUUGCGUUAGAAAUUGUGGAACGUGGAGUGGAAUUUUCAUUUUCCUUGGGUUCAAAUAUAACACGAACUCGAACCACAAUCGUUGGGGGAGUUUCUGAUGGAGAAUGGCAUACCGUUGUUGUCAGUUACAUAAAUAAAAGUGCCACUGUUACGAUCGAUGAAUGCGACACGGAAUUAUCCAUACAACAUGGAUCCGAAUUAGGCGGUCCUUGGGCAUGUGCAAAUUAUUCUCAACUCGUAUUAGAUUCGCGUUGUUCCUCUUUAACCGAAACAUGUCACAGAUAUUUGGAUCUUACGGGUCCGUUACAAUUAGGAGGUUUACCAUCAAUUCCAGCAAGUUUUCAAGUACAAUCCAAACAUUUUUCUGGCUGUAUAUCUGAUUUGUAUGUUGAUCAUAAAUUUGUGGAUUUAAAUGGUUUUGUGGCUGAUAAUGGAUCAAUUGUUGGAUGUCCAGAGAAAAGAGAAUUUUGUUUAUCACAACCGUGCCUUAAUGGGGGUAUUUGUACAGAAGGUUGGGCGACGUAUCUAUGUGAAUGUCCGAGUGGUUUUGCGGGACGAGAUUGUGGUGAUGAAAUUAACGAAGCAUGGCAAUUUUCUGGAGAUGGUGUUCUUUCAUUUAAUCCUUUAUUACGACCAAUUCAAUUACCUUGGUUGAAUGCUCUGUCAGUUCGAACGCGUCAACAUAAUACAUUCUUAAUGUCGAUCCAAGUUGGACAAAAUUCUUCGGCAAUCAUUUCGAUCAAAGGCGGUAAUUUAGUGUACACCUACAACGACCAGAGUCUCAUUUUGGAAAGUACAUCAAUUGCAAAUGGAGAAUGGCAUCAUAUAGAUAUUCGUUGGUUGGGUACAGAAAUAGCCUUAAAUUUGGAUUAUGACCAAAGAAGAACAACGAUGCCUUUCCCAGCAAAAAUUCAAGGAUUAUAUGUUGGAAAAAUUUUAAUUGGUGGUCCCGAUUCUUCGAUUGGAAGUUUAUAUGCAGAUUAUGGUUAUUUUGAAGGAUGUAUCCAAAACGUUCGAGUUGGAACUCCACAAAAUAUACUGAAAAAACCAACAGUUCGAGAAAAUGUUCAAGAUGGUUGUAGCGAUGAAAAUAUUUGUGCAGAUCCUGGUUUAGUUUCUCAAUGUCCUGCUUACUCCGAGUGUACAAGUAUUUGGAGAUCUGCUAAAUGUAAUUGCAUCCCGGGAUACGUAGGACCAAUGUGUCAACCAAUUUGUAGUGUUUCACCUUGCUACGAAGAUUCGAUUUGUGUCGAAGAUCAUUCAUUGCCGAAAGGAUAUCGCUGUGAAUGUAAUACUACAGAAUAUUCCGGUGAUUAUUGUGAAAUUAAAAUCGAACAACCAUGUCCUGGAGGAUGGUGGGGUCAUCCUGUUUGUGGACCUUGCCAAUGUAACGAAGAAGAAGGAUAUCAUCCUGAUUGUAACAAAACUAAUGGACAAUGUUACUGCAAAGAAAAUCACUAUCAACCAGAAGAGGGAGGGCCAUGUUUACCUUGUGAUUGUUAUAGUACAGGAUCAUUUGGACCCGCAUGCGAUCAAAUCACAGGCCAAUGUCAAUGUCGACCUGGCGUAAUUGGACGGCGAUGUCAAGAUUGUCCGAAUCCGUACGCAGAAGUUACAUUACGUGGUUGUGAAGUAGUUUAUGAUGGUUGUCCUCGUAACUAUGAUGAAGGAUUAUGGUGGCCAAGAACACCCUUUGGUGAUGUAGCAGAGGAAGAUUGUCCGAAUGCUGCAAUUGGAAGAUCAAAUCGUGGUUGUGAUAAUUUAUUAGGUGGAUGGCAAGAACCAAAUAUGUUUAAUUGCACUUCGGAGUAUUUCAUUGAAUUACGCAAACAACUCCAUCAAUUGGAAGAUAAAGAAUUGGAAAUAAACACGUACGUUGCUGUAAAAUUGGCUACAGAGCUGCAAGUUGCCACGAAUUUAACAGAAUCCUUAUACGGUGCCGAUGUUUACGUCACUCAAGCUUUAUUAAAAAAACUACUUCGUUACGAAACCAAACAGCACGGACUAGCCUUAACGCACAGCCAAGAUAAGGAUUACAUACAAAACAUACUAAAAUCGGCGAGUGUUAUUUUAAAUGAUAAUUACUACGAUCACUGGCAAAAAAUUCAAGAUAUUUUUGGGGACACCUUAGAAGAUUUAGUUCGAAUUAUUAAUAAAUAUACAUUAAUUUUAUCCGAAAGUCAACACGAUACGUAUACAAAUCCUUUCGAAGUAAUAUCUCCAAAUGUUAUUCUUGGCUUGGAUAUCAUCACUGCGGAAUCACUUUAUGGAUACGAACCGGAGCAAAUGUUUGCUUCAACAAGUGAUCAAUACACGACAGAACGUAUAGUUUUACCCGAUACAUCAGCAUUUUUAAAGCCAAGUAUUGAAGAUCCAAAAGAUCCGAACUCAAAUACGGUAGCAUUCCCGAAAUAUAAUAAUUAUAUGCAGGAUAAAAAUAAAUUUGAUCCCAUAACAAAAUUUUUAGUUCCAUUAAAGUUAUUAGGAAUAAAACCACCGGAAAAUGGUGAGAUUAUAAUAAAACAUACGCUAAGUGAUUCGAGGGCGGUUGUAAGCUAUGUUGAGUAUCGACAAAUUGGAUCAUUGUUACCCAAACGGUACGAUGAAUCGGUUCUACGUCGUUGGGGAAUUGAUAUUAUGAUUGGAUCCCCCAUAAUUUCACUGACAAUAUUAAGACCUGAAUAUGUGAGUGAACAUGUGGAUAAUAACUUUCAAGUUUACGAUAAUUUCCAUGAAGAAAAUAACAAUAUUAAUAAUGCUAAGAAAAUUAAAGCGGAAGAAAAUACUCCAACAAAAACACUAUCGGAAAUUAAUGUGAAAAUACACGAGAAUGAUGCAAGUUAUUUGCACGAUGAAAAUUUGGAAAAUCCACAAUUUGAACCGUUAAUCAGUGAUCAUACGGAAAGAUUGUCUCAUACAGAGAUGAAAAAUUUGAAAUAUAGUUCGUUAACGGGAAUGCCUUUGGAGCAGCCAAUUCGUUUACAAAUGUGGUUGAAUUUAAGAGAGAAUGAAUUUUCGGAACGAUCAAAUCCACAAUGUGUACAAUGGUCAACGGCUAGAGGGAUUGGAGAAUGGUCUCGUGUGGGUUGUUUGACAGAACUCAGUGACGAUUGGAUUGAUUCGUCCUGGCAGGGGCCAAUAAUUAUCAAUUGCACCUGUAGCAUACUAUCCACUUAUGCAGUUUUAGUAGAUGUUCUGGAUUUGGAAUAUAUUCCAGAACCAUCUUUGUUAGAAGACAUUUCAAGCUACAGUUCAUUCUGUCUCGCAUUACCACUUCUCUUCAUAUCAUGGCUGAUUCUUGCGUUACUUCGCGGUGCCAACACAAAUUCGAAUGCUAUCCAUAAAAAUUUAGUAGCUUGUGUAUUUUUAGCAGAGUUACUAUAUUUUAUUGCGUUAAAAGCUCGAAGACCGCUCGUUGAAUUAGAGGUGGCUUGUAAACUGACCGCUAUGGGUUUGCAUUAUUUAUGGUUGGCAGCAUUUAGUUGGACUUUGGUGGAUGCAAUUCAUCUGAAUCGAAUGUUAACGGAAAUGCGUGAUGUUAAUCAUGGUCAAAUGCGAUUUUAUUAUAGUUUGGGUUAUGCUUUACCUGCAAUAAUUGUGGGAUUAGCUGUUGGAGUUCGUGCUGAUCAAUAUGGGAAUGUCUAUUUUUGUUGGUUAUCCAUUUAUGAAAGUGUUGUAUGGAGUUUGGUUGGACCGAUUUGUAUUUUAGUAGCAAUCACAUUAUUUGUUCUCAUAUUUUGUGUGCGAGCAGCGUUUACGCUAAAAGAUCAUGUUAUGGGUUUUGGAAAUUUACGAACCUUAUUAUGGGUCUCCGUUGUUUCGUUACCUUUGCUAGGAGUUUCAUGGGUACUUGCUGUAUUGAGUGUUGCAGAACAUUUACCCAUUUUAUCAUAUAUGUUAAGCGCCGCUGUACUUACUCAUGCCAUAUUUUGCUUAAUUGGUUAUUGCUUUAUUAAUACAAGAGUUCGACAAAAUUUGUUAAGGACAAUCUUACGCUGUAUGGGCAAAAAAGUUCCAUUAUUGGAAACUACGUCUUUGGGAGGAGCAGGAAGUACUAGCAGUCAAAAUAUCACUUCUCCAACUUCGCGUUCUGCUCUAGCUUAUCACAAUACGGGAGCUUUUGAACAAGCACGAAGACAUAUUGGAAUAUCAACCUCAAGUACAACUUCACGAUCAACUACAAAAACAAGUUCUAGUCCAUACAGUAGAAGUGACACGCAUUUACGUCACACAUCCACAAGUACGUCGAAUUAUAAUUCGACAAGCGAUGUGCCAUCUUAUUUACGUGGUUUUGAACAUGAAACCACGUUACAUCGACACCGCGAAGUUGCCGAAGAUUCUGAAAGGCAUGAACGACGUGGUGCCACAAGUGAUUCUGAUUCUGAUGCAUCAGAUGAAGGACGAAGUUUAGAAUUAGCAUCAAGUCAUUCAAGUGACGAUGAUGAAUCUAGUAAUAGAAGAACACGACAUCGAAGUACCGGAGUAUCUACGGGCGGUGCUCCAUCUUCGUAUUUGCCAAAUAUUACCGAGAAUGUUGUGUCAGGACCAAGAACAGUUCAAGCACCACCACCUCUGAAUAUUGUAACAAAUUCACAAUUGUUUCCAAAUAUUAAACCAAUGUAUGCGCCGAGAUGGUCGAGUCAAUUACCUGAAGCAUACUUACCCAAUUGUAAUGUGCCUGAAGUUGGAAGAUGGUCAGCAGAAACUGGAUCUGAUAAUGAGAUACAUUGUCAUAAAACCAAUUCACCAAAUCCACUUCCACAUCCCGAUAUGGCACCAGAAACCUAUUUACCAAAACAUCAUGAACCAGAAUCACAAUAUAUGGUUAAAACACAACAUUAUCUAAAUGAUCCACAAUAUAUAUCAAAUUUACAAUCUGAUUAUUUAUCGAAUGCCAAAUUAGGCCAUAAAGAUGAUUAUCAUAUACAAAAUAAAUUAAUGGCAUCACAUGAGAAUUUCCAUGAUUAUAGUGAUCGGUAUUCCGAAACAGAGGAGAAACAACAUUUAGGCGAUAAAUAUUUGUUCCCGUAUACAGACGAAAGGAAUAAUAUAUAUUCUGAAGAAGAUCAUUGUGGGUCAGUGAAUUAUGGAUUAUCCCUAACAAAUCGGAUGAUGUCGCCGAUAAUGAUUAACGAUGUUAAUAAUCCAGGUUUAAUUGAGUAUCAACAUAGUUCCCGUAUGGGAUCACGAAUGGGUUCCGUUAUGGGUUCCGUUCAUGGUUCUGUUUGUGGGAGUGUACGAGGUGGAUCACCUAGUCCACUUGUAGCACCCGGAACGAUGUUACAUACGUCAAUGGCUCCAAUGAGUGAUUCUGAAAAAAAUGCCAAUGAAGAGACUUCAGUGUAGUGUAAAUGUUUUUUUAAAUUUUGUUUAUUGUAAUCUCGA